AUGAGCAAGAACUUCAACUUUAGAUCUGAGAAAGUGUCGUCAUCCAGUACUGCUUCCACCAGUGGUAGUAGCAGUGGCAACAAGAAGGAUGUUACCAAGACAAGUUCUAUGUUUAAAUCGACCAAGCCAACUGAAAAUAAUUCAACAACCACCACUAUUACAUAUAAGGACAUGCCAAUAACUUUCAAAAAGGAAGAUGUCGAAGUGAUAUCGAACAGUGGCAUUGUUCUCAUCAAGACUUUUAGAAAUCAUCCAAACCUCCAACAAGAUUUAAUUAAUUACUGCCUCAGUGCAUUGAGAGGAAAUGAGGAGGGCAUAACUGGAACUGAAUUUCCUACCGAUGAAACAACCUUUCAAAAGUGUUUCCUCGACAUUCCAUUCGAACAAUUCAACUCUAAAUUUGCCGACAUUAUUUGUGGAGCAGCCAUGAAAGUAGCCAAAGAACAUUGCAAAAUAUUACAAGACUAUCAAGAUGAUUUCCGUAUAGCUCAACUAUGCUACUAUACCAAUAAGGGAAAGCUAGGAUGGCACAGAGAUAGAAUUAGUGGAUUAACCCCAGAGGAGCAACAUUUAAUAGUAAGUCCUGUGGUAUCCAUGUCUUUAGGCAAUGAUUCUAUAUUCAGUUACAAACUCAAUACUAUCAAUGAAACCACUGGAAAAUUAGAAUAUGGAACGGAAGCCAUCGAUCUUCAAUUGAAAUCUGGAGAUAUUCUCAUCUUUGGAGCCACUCAACGAAUGUUCUAUCACUGUGUUAAAAGAAUUAUUCCAUCAACCAAUCACCACAAACUGGAUAUGGACGGAUUGAGUGGGAGAAUUAAUAUCACACUAAGGGAGGGAACUUACUAUCCAGAAAACAUUGGUGCUCCAACUGCAAACUUGUUUUAA